AAUUUCAAAUAGGAUUGGUUGUCUCGUGAAUGUCCGCAUCUUCGAAUUCUGGCAGUAGAUUACUACUCUCAUUUUACCGUCUGGAAGGACGAGUGUCGCUUUGAAACCGAAAAUCGCUCUCUAUUAAGUAGAAGUAAUGAGAUUUUGAAGAAGUUAGUAGCCGCGGGUGUCGGUAACAAACCCAUAAUAUGGGUCACUCAUUCCAUGGGAGGAUUGUUAGUAAAACAAAUGCUUCUCGAAGCAGCCAAAAACAGAGAUCCCAGCAUUAGAAACGUGUUAGAGAAUUCAGUUGGCGUAGUGUUUUGUAGCGUACCUCACCGAGGAAGUUCUUUGGCCACUGUGGAUUCCGGCUGGAAACUAAUAUUACUUCCGACUAAAGAAGUGAAAGAAUUGAAAAAAGAUUCCUCGUAUCUUUUGGACAUGCACGAGAAGUUUAAACAGUUGGCCAAGAAGCACGACAUCUCUUGUCUUAGUUUCGGAGAAACCCAAAAAACCAACCUGGGCUUGAAAUUAAGCACGUUGAUGGUGUCUCUGGAUUCCUCAGAUCCGUCGAUCGGCGAAUUUUACGCACUUCCGGAGAAUCAUCUGAACACCUGUAAGCCGGAAACGAAGUCCUCCGUCAUGUAUCAGCUGCUGGUGGAUUUCAUCCAUCAGCACGUGCCGCACACUCUGAUGGAAAAUUUGCUUCAGGACCACAACGUCAGUGCCGAAGAUUUAGAAACCACCGUGGUCAUGGGAUUAGUGCAAUAGAUUUUUGUAUACAAUUUAAUUAAAGACAAUAUUUUUAAAUACGUAUAUGUAAUAAUGUCUUUGGUUUAUCAUAAUAUAUUCUUUAUGCAGAUGCCUUAGUCCAUUGUAAAACGUCCAUCGAAUUUACGGUGGAAAGUAUGUGCGGAAUUGCGGAUACGACCGGGCCCAAUUACUUUUUCGAUUCUCUCGAACGCUCAAAGUCGUAGUUUAUUUUGUUUUUAUAAAGAAAUUUCUUCAGGUAAUUAUAUUAUAUUUUCAAAUUAAAGUUAAAAAAGUUAUUUUGAUUUUUAUGGUUUUAGGCAAGUUAGAGAGAGACAUUUUCUUCGGAAUGUAUAUUUACAAUUAUGCAUUUUUGAUUACGCGAUCCGAACUCCGGUUCCUCUGUAUUUGGAUCGUCGUCCCGCUUCAUCGAAGUCCAUACGUAAGCAUGAAUACUUAAAAACACACACAAGAACAUUCCAUCUUUAAGGGAAAUUCUAUUGUUAGAACUGGUAAAUAAUUUCCCAUGUGGAUGUUAAAAUCCAAAAGUUUAGUGAAAUCUGUUUUUUAUACUUUUUCUUUAUUAUUUAUAUAGUGUGGACCCCAAGAAAACGGGUCUAAUCUGAGAUAAUUUCGAGAAAAGUAUUAUGAAAACCAAAGAUAUUACCGAACGGUCGGGGUACCCAAAAUUUGCGUAUUAAAUUUCCUAUAAAUCGGAUGCAGGGUAUGAUUUUAGGAUUGUUGUUGCCAACGAAAACUUUUGACUAGUAAAUAAAUUUUUUUCAUUUA